UAUAACCUUCCAUCACUGUUUGUUUAUCAAUGUUAUCCAUUUUUCAAAAUCCGUAGAGUUUGUAAAAUGAAAAUGGGCUUUGUUUUAUUAAAUAUUAUGCUUAUUUGGGGUGCAGGUGUUUGUUAAAAUACUCUAGUUUUAAUCAAAAACUAAACAAAUCGUGAAUCAAGCAUAUAUCGAGUCUAAAUAUGCAGACGAAUCCGUCCGUUCACCAGACGCUCGAAGAGAUGGACUUCGAGAGAGGACUGUGGUACGGCGCCGUUAUGGGCGAUGCCGGAAGCGUAUCUUCGAUGCUAAAAAAGGGCCACAGGGUGGAUGAGACUGAUGCCAGCGGGUACACAGCCCUCCACUACGCUGCCAAAAAUGGAUUCAUCGACAUUGUCAAAAUUCUGUUGGACGCUGGUGCAUCAGUCGGUGCCAGGACCAAAGCGGGUCAGGCGACUCCACUCCAUCGGGCAGCUGGAGCAGGGAAACUUGAAGUGUGCAAAUUGCUGAUCGAUAAGAGAUCGGAUGUAGGCAGCCUUGAUGUCGACGGAAGGACACCUCUCCACAGGGCCGUUGAGAACGAAAGGGACGACAUCGUAGAUCUUUUGAUAGAAAUCGCCCCACACACUCUGCAGAUCAAAGAUGUUAAAGGCCUCACUCCAUAUGACAUAGCUAAAUCUGAGAAUAUGAAAAAUAAAAUUGAAAAUGAAUGGAAAAAGAGAUGAUUUUUGUUUAUGUUGUUAAAUAAAAU